AUGAAGUGUUAUAACUGUCAAAGGUUUGGGCAUUUUUCGAGAGAAUGUCGCUUAAAACGCAAGGAAAAUGAUGCGGAUGAGGCUAAGGUAGCUAGGCAAGAAACGGAUGAUGAAAAUACGCUUCUUGUGGUGAUUACGGAGGAGAAUAAUGGCAUGGACAACAGUAGAAAGUUGUUGGACAACAACUACUGCAGUACCGAAAAAGUGCAGAAAACGCGUUCGGAGAAAAACGCAUUGGUAACGGUUCGAGAUGGAGUUCAAGGUAGUGAUGAGUGGUACUUGGAUUUUGGUUGUUCGACUCAUAUGACUGGUAGAAAGGAUUGGUUCGUGAAGAUCAAUCAAGCCACGCGAAGUAGAGUGAGAUUCGCAGAUAACACGACUUUAGCGGCUGACGGUGUCGGUGAUGUUUUAAUCAUGAGAAGGGAUGGUGGUCAUUCCUUGAUCAAAGAUGUAUUGUAUAUUCUUGGAAUCAAAUGUAAUCUUUAA